GGAAGGUUGGUGUGUGGCACGUAUGCAGAAUGGGGUGGCAGAACGUGGGAGAGAGGGGGCCAGGGUUGUUUUUUUUUUUUUUUUUUUUUUGGGGGGUAGUGAGCAUGCUAAUCGGAUACACACCCCCAGUAUAUUUGUGGCCCGUGUGGACACUGGAUAUUCAGAAAGAGAAUGAGGGGGUGGACACCUAGGCAGGGGGAGGCUUAGACGUGGCCGGUGGAUGCUUUUGGGGGUGCAGACCCGAAGCGGGGAGGAGGUGGAGCGCCCCAUGAGGAGCUCCCGGCGGCUCCGCCCGCAAGAAAGGUCCCGGGCCCCGCCUCCCCCCGCGUCGUUGUCACCGCCUCCUCCCGGGAGCUCCCCGCCGCCAGGGAGCGCAUCCCGCCGCCGCCCGCCGAGCAGCUGCUGCCAUGCACGUGAAAAAGUACCUGCUGAAAUGCCUGCACCGGCUGCAGAAGGGCCCUGGCUACACGUACAAGGAGCUGCUGGUGUGGUACUGUGACAACACCAACACCCACGGCCCCAAGCGCAUCAUCCGCGAGGGGCCCAAGAAGAAGGCCGUGUGGUUCAUGCUGACGCUGCUCUUCGCCGGCCUCGUGUGCUGGCAGUGGGGCAUCUUCAUCAUGACCUACCUCAAGUGGGAGGUCAGUGUGGCCCUCUCCAUCGGCUUCAAGACCAUGGACUUCCCCGCCGUCACCAUCUGCAAUGCCAGCCCCUUCCGGUCUUCCAAGGUACAGCCUUUGCUCCAGGACUUGGAUGAGCUUAUGGAAGCAGUGCUGGCCAGGAUCCUGGCCCCCACAGCCCCCCACGCCAAUGCCAGUCGCGCCCUGAAUGCCACCAUCUGGAACCACACACCCCUGGUCUUCAUCGACGAACGGGAUCCCCACCACCCCGAGGUGCUUGACCUCUUUGGGGACGGCCACAACGGCUCGGCACCUGGGAGCAGCUGCAGCGCCCAGGGGUGCAAAGUGGCCAUUCGACUGUGCAGCCGCAACGGAACCGUGUGCACCUUCCGGAACUUCACCAGCGCCACCCAGGCCGUGACAGAGUGGUACAGCUUGCAGGCCACCAACAUCUUCUCGCAGGUGUCUCCCAAGGACCUGGUGGCCAUGGGCUACCCUGCUGAGCGGCUCAUCCUGGCCUGCCUGUUCGGGGCAGAGCCCUGCAGCUACAGGAACUUCAGCAGAAUCUUCCACCCUGACUACGGCAACUGCUACAUCUUCAACUGGGGCAUGAAGGAGAAGCCGCUCCCUUCCUCCAACCCCGGAGCCGAAUUUGGCCUGAAGCUGAUCCUGGACAUCGGACAGCAGGACUAUGUGCGCUACCUGGCAUCCACGGCUGGUGCCCGCCUGCUGCUCCAUGAGCAGAGGACCUACCCCUUCAUCAAGGAUGAGGGCAUCUACGCCAUGUCGGGGACCGAGACCUCCAUUGGGGUGCUGGUGGACAAGCUGGAGCGCAUGGGCAAGCCUUACAGCCAGUGCACUGUCAACGGCUCGGACGUGCCUGUCGACAACCUCUACAGAGAUUAUAACACCAGCUACUCCAUCCAGGCCUGCAUCCGAUCCUGCUUCCAGAGUCACAUGAUCCAGAACUGCAGCUGUGGCCACUACUUAUACCCACUGCCCCCUGGGCACAGAUACUGCAAUACCCGGGACUUCCCAGACUGGGCUUAUUGCUACUCCACCCUGCACAUGAGCGUGACCCAGAGAGAAGCGUGUAUCAGCAUGUGUAAGGAGACCUGCAAUGACACUCAGUACAAGAUGACCAUCUCCAUGGCUGACUGGCCUUCCGAGUCCUCUGAGGACUGGAUCUUCCACGUCUUGUCUCAGGAGCGGGACCAAAGCCCCAACAUCACCAUGGACAGGGAGGGAAUUGUCAAACUCAACAUCUACUUCCAAGAAUUUAACUAUCGCACCAUUGAGGAGUCAGCGGCCAACAACAUUGUCUGGCUGCUGUCAAACCUGGGCGGCCAGUUUGGCUUCUGGAUGGGGGGCUCGGUGCUGUGCCUCAUCGAGUUCGGCGAGAUCAUCAUCGACUUCCUGUGGAUCACCAUCAUCAAGCUGGUGGCCCUGGCCAAGGCCCUGCGGCAGAAGCGCACCCAGGCCCGCUACGACAGCCCACCACCCACCGUGGCCGAGCUGGUGAAGGCCCACACCAACUUCGGCUUCCAGCCCGACGUGGCCGGCCCCGACCCCGACCCCGACCCUCACCCCGGGGCCUACCCCAGCGAGCAGACCCUGCCCAUCCCGGGCACCCCGCCGCCCAAGUAUGACUCCCUGCGGCUGCAGCCUCUGGACAUCAUCGAGUCUGACAGCGAGGGAGAUGCUAUCUAGACUCACCCACCUGCCCUCUAGACCCCGCCCACCUGCCCUUUGAACUUCGUUCACCUGUCCUAUGGACCCCGCCCACCAGCCUCUGAGACCCCCCCAGCCCCGUCUUCAACCACAGACCUUAGAGCCCUUUCAUCCUCCACAUAGGCCCCUCCUAUUCUGUUUAGCCCCGCCCCCACCCAACACCCAGGCCCCGCCCAACUGCCCUAGCCCCGCCCACUGGCCUUUAAGGCCCCACCCACCACCUUCUGGUCCUGGCCAGCUAUCGAAGGUCACGCCCACCUGUCCACUAAACUCCGCCCACCAGCCCCUCAAGCCCACCCUUACCUAGGCCCUGUCUAUUCGCCAUCUAGACCCCUUCAGUCACGCAGGCCAAGAGCUCAGACCCGAGGAGCCAGGCCCAUUGGCCGAGCUCCAAGACUAGAGUCCCUGUCCCCUCAAAGAGGCUAACAGCUCCUGGCCAGUCAGUCCCAGGCCAUGGGCUCUGAAGGGUGCCGGUGGUGGUGGGGAUGCAGGAGUGUCCUGUCCACACCACCAGCCUGACCCGCUCUUGAGCCUGAGCUGUCCCAGCCAACCGCCCCCCCACCCCCACCCUGCCAGGUUCAAGCCCCUGAUCCCCACCUGCAGGGGGGGAAGUUUCACGAGCUGUGAAGCAGUGCUGCAGAUGUCUCUCCCUCUUAUCUCUGCCCCUUCUCAAAUUCUGUCUUAUCAAGUAAAACAAAGAAAUCUAUAACAAAAAUAAAUACGAUCUUUAUUAAAAAAAUAAAAUAAAAAACUUAAAGGUUCUUUUCACGUUGUCCCUGAAGCAGCAGUCUUGUGACUUCUUCCAAGCAACUCAAACUUACUUCUUAGGGGUGGGAAAGCCAGAGAGAGAGGGAAGGAGAAAUACUCAAACCAAGUUAAGCAGAACGAUCACAGCAGCUGACACACAGUCUCUGCUCUCCCAGGCAGCCUUUCCUGAUGAGGCAGGGGAAAGGCCGUCCGCAGCUCCACACCCGUCUCCAACCCCACUAAUAGCUCACAUCCCUCUCAGCCAAGCCCCAAGCUGACCGUCAUGGGCCAGUGUUUGCCUCUCCUCUU